GAAAGCCCCAUAAUGUCAUCCCGUUAGAAAGACGCAAACAUUACUUUUUCCAUAUUUUACCUUUUCUAAGCGAUUAAAAGAUUGCCAAGAGUCAGUGCCACGCAGGGAAGGACAUCAAGGCUCCAGGAAACGCGUUGAGGUCUAAAUGAUGGCAUGGUGCAGUCAGCCAGUUCGGGGGGUCCUUCUGGACAUAACCGGGGUCCUAUAUGAGGGUGGAUCCACUGUGCCUAUUCCUGGGAGCGUGGAGGCUGUGGAGAGACUCAAGGCAUCAGGUAUAGGAGUUCGUCUGGUCACUAACGAGACCUCCGUACCUGUGGGCCAUCUCCUGAAGAAGCUGCAAGGUAUGGGCUUCAAGGUGCAGGAUAGGGAGGUCUUCAGCCCCAUUCCUGCAGCCAUCAGGGUCCUGCAGGAGAGAGGAUUGGUCCCACAUCUCCUGGUGAAUCCUAUGGUCGAGGGAGAGUUCGCCCCCCUGCUGCCCCCUGCCGCCCCCCCCGCCCCCCCCAGCUGUGUAGUAGGAGAUGCUGACCAAGCCUUCAACUUCGAUAACAUGAACAAGGCUUUUAGGGCUCUGAAGGGCAUGGCGGACCCCGUUAUACUGUCCUUGGGCGCGGGAAAGUUCUACCGCCACCACGGAGAGCUUCAGCUGGACGUGGCGCCGUUCGUCAAGGCUUUGGAGUGGGCGGUGAGUGGGGCGAAGGUCGAGGUGGUGGGGAAGCCCUCUCCGAACUUCUUUCUCUCAGCCCUCUCAUCCAUGGGGGUCAAGCCGGAGGAGGCUGUCAUGGUGGGGGAUGACAUCGAGGGUGACGUCGGGGGAGCGCUGGGGUGUGGGGUGAGGGGGCUGCUUGUGCGGACGGGCAAGUUCACCCCGGCCUGGGAGAAUCACCCCACUAUCACCCCGUCUCAUAUUGGGGUGAAUUUGGGGGAGGUGGUGGAUGAGCUGCUGGGGUGAUGGGAGGAGGAGGAGGAGGAGGAGGAGGAGGGAAUGAAGGAAAUUGAGAAAGUAGAAGAGAGAGAGGAAGAAGGAGGAGGAGGAGGAGGAGGAGGAAGAGGAAGUGAUUGUGGUGGGGAGGAAGAAGAAGAAGAAGAGGAGGAGGAGGAGGAAGAGUUAAGACAGUAUAGAAAAGAGAAGAGAGGAAGAAGAAGAGGAGGAAGAGGAAGAAGAGGAGAUAUUGAAGAAAAAAAAGAGGAGGAGGAGGGGGAGGAAAGAAGAGGAAGAGGAAGAGGAGGUGACUGGGUGAUAGAGAUUUUAGUAGUAAUAGUAGUAGUAGUAGUAGUAGUAGUAGUAGUAGUAGUAGUAGUAAGAUAUUGUAUACUAUUAUGAUGAACUUGUAUACGCAUUGUUGUCAUUGUUGUUAAUAAAAAUAUAUAGUU